AUGCCAGAUGCAGACGAUUGUUGGACUGACCACCGCCUCCUCAUUUCCCAACUUGGCAUUGCAGUCAAGAAACCUCAAAGAAACCCCAAAACUCAAAAGCCUCAGCGCCGCUUUAACUGUGCCAUGCUUCGAAACACCAAUACAUCUCAAAUGUUUCGGGAAGCUGUGCGUAAUCAUCUAAGCACCCUACCAGAACAAUCCAACAUAUAUGACGAAUGGAUAGGCCUUCAUGAUGCCUUAACGAAGGCGGCGGAAGAAACCCUCGGUUUUUCCAAAAGGAAACACCAAGACUGGUUCGACGAAAAUGACUGUGCCAUCUCCCAUCUCAUACACAGGAAAUGCAAAGCCCGUCUAGCAAACGAAAACCAUCCCUCUGCUGGAAAUGAACAGAAAUACUGUGAAGCCCUGAAGAACUGCCAAAAGGGACUCCGUACAAUCCAAAAUGAAUGGUGGCAAAAGAAAGCCGCAAAGAUCCAAAGUUUUGCCGACCAACGCGACAUGCGACAGUUUUACGCAGCAACAAAAGAAAUUUACGGACCAACAAGAUCCUCCAAGAAACACUUCGAGGCUCUCCUCGAUAAUAACUUCAUCACCCCCGAGGACCUCCUCCACAAGACACCACAAUAUCCCACACGACAGUGGAUGUCUCUUCCUCCGACCACACAAGAAAUUACAGAGGCGAUAAAACGCAUGAACACCGGGAAAGCUCCUGGCCCUGAUAACAUCCCUCUUGAACUCCUAACACAUGGAGGGCGUGAAGCCGAGGAGCAACUGAAGACACUGUUUCUCCACAUUUGGGACACUGGAACUGUUCCAGAAGACUUCAGAAUCACAAACAUCAUCACCAUCUUCAAGAAAGGCGACAGGAUGUUAUGCGGCAAUUACCGUGGAAUCUCCCUUCUCAGUAUUGCUGGGAAAAUAUUCGCCCGGAUCCUCCUUAACAGGCUUAUCCGUGUGACUGAAGAAGUCCUACCUGAAUCACAGUGUGGCUUCCGCCCAAGCAGAGGAACAGUAGAUAUGGUGUUCUGUGCCCGCCAGCUCCAAGAGAAAAUCCGUGACCAACAACAACCGCUCACCUUCAUUUCUUGGGAUCUACAAAAGGCUUUCGACAAAGUUCCCCGACGAGCAAUGUGGGACACGCUCACCCGAUACGGAUGCCCUGACCAUUUUAUCACCCUGGUCCGCUCCCUCCACGAUGACAUGACUGGGAGGGUAUGUCACCAAGGUACCCUGUCAGAUGCAUUCCCUAUCACCGGAGGCCUCAAGCAAGGAUGUGUUCUUGCUCCUACCCUAUUUUCUCUUUACAUUGCUGCUAUGCUGAAAAAAAUUCCCCAUGAAUCCCCAGUGAACUGCAAUACGCGGAUGACAAUGCAACUCCCAAGUCAGGCAGUGGAACAUCUCCAAGACACGGUGGACCUUUACAAAACCGCAUACGAGCGCUUCGGAAUGGCAGUCAACAACAAGACAAAAAUACUAACUCAACCAACACCAAACCAAGAACUCCUAGAAUUUGACGUCCAAAUCGAUGGUCACUCACUGGAACAUGUUGAACAUUUCCCAUAUUUAGGAAGCAUCCUAUCAAAGGAUACCUCAUGUGAGGCUGACAUCGAGAAGAGAAUCAAGUCAGCUCAUGCAGCCUAUGGACGUUUGGCUCGUCGUGUCUUCGACAACCAUGACCUGUCUAUCAAAACCAAGGUCAUGGUUUUCCAGGCUGUAGUUCUGUCCACCCUGCUGUAUGCUUGCGAGACUUGGACCACCUACCGACGAGACCUUAAGAAACUAGAGAGCUUUCAGCAGGCGAAACUACGUUGCCUCUUGCGCAUUCCCUGGGAGCAACGUGUCACAAACAACGAAGUUCUCUCCCGAGCGACAUUGCCAAGAAUCGAAACUACCAUCCUUUGCCAUCGCCUCCGAUGGGCGGGGCAUGUUGCCCGGAUGGACGAUACACGGCUACCCAAGAUCAUUCUCUACGGGGAACUGAAAGAGGGUAGAAGACCACGUGGAGCUCCCAAACGCCGCUUCAAGGACCAGCUGAAGCGCUCCCUUGACCAGACGGAUAUUGAUCCUAGUACGUGGGAUCUUAUUGCCCAGGAUCGCCUUCAGUGGAGGCAGACGGUCCGAGAGGGCACAAAUCGCUUUGAAGAGCACAGACGGACUCAUGAAGAGGCACGACGGAAUGAGAGGAAGGCGCCACAAGACCAACCUCGCCCUCCACCAACGCUGACAUAUGCACUUUGCCCACGCUUGUUCCACCAUCGCUUGCUAUGGUGGAGCACGCGCAAGUAUGCUAGAGCACGAACAGGUAUGGCAGAGCACGCACAGGUAUGGCAGAGCAUGUGUAGGUAUGACAGAGCACGAGCAGGUAUGGCAGAGCACGCACAGGUAUGGCAGAGCACGCGCGAGUAUGGUAGAGCACGAGCAGCGGGUUAUGAGUCGGCAUCCAAUUCAUUCUCAUCACAGAGUCCUCACCCUUGCCUCAUAGCGUCCCUGGGCUCCAAUUUCGCUUAUGAAGUUUGUCUCUUAUAUUUCUUGAGUCUAAUUAUGAGGCGUGUCCGCGUGGCUCCCGGCCAAGAGAAACAGGUCAUAAACGCAAUCAGACCACUGGUUUUGACAUCUGCUUGCAACUUCGAUGCGAGUCGUUGGCGGGAGAUCAUCAAACGCGAGGAAGUCAUACUGAACAAGUUGUAA